AUGAGUUAUCCUAACAUUUAAGAGUUUUUGGAAGAUUUUGAGAAGGAAAAUGAAUUAUUAGGAAAAGGAACGUAUGGUGAAGUGUACAAAAUGAAAACGAAAAGGAUCAUCAAUCCUGAAUUAGAGAGGGUAUUGGAAGGAUAAGAAGGGUUUAAUGGGUAGUAAUAUGCAGUUAAAAUGAUGGAUGCUAAGACGGAGAAAUCAUUUUCAACCAUAUAGAAAGAAUUUCUGAUACUUAAGAGUUUACCAAAAUAGCAUCCAAACAUCAUUAGACUUUACAAGAGUUAUGCGUGGGCCAAUUAGAUCACAAAAACUUAUACAUUAGUUUUGGUAAUGGAGUUAGCCGACAAAAGUUUAAUGAAGGAGAUUGAAGAUAGGAUAUAAGCUAAGAAAUAUUUCACUGAUGAUUAAUUGCAUAAUUUCUUCUUGCAAUGCAUUUAAACAUUGAAUGACAUUAAACUGCACUCCAAUAUUUAUCAUAGAGAUAUAAAGCCUGAAAACAUUCUUUUAAAUAAGGAAUAACAACUGCUAAUAUCUGACUUUGGGGUUUCUCGAAAACUCAUGAAGGAGAAGUUACCAACAAUUAAUGGCACUUUGGUUGGAACUCCUGCUUAUUUAUCACCCAUCUUAUGGAAGGCAUUUGAAGAGGGCUAAUUUUAGGUUUCGAAAAUUAAUAAAAUAACUCACAAUGUAGAAAAAUCUGAUGUUUAUUCGUUGGGUGUUACUUUGCUAUAGACAACCCUGUUGUUGAAUACUGAGAUUCAAAAACUAAAUUCUGGAGAACAAGGAGAGCAAACAACAAGAGAAUUAUUGAGGAAUGUCUAAAAUCAAAGAAUUAAGUUCAUCCUAAUGAGAAUGUUGGAUCACGAUGAAAAAUAAAGGGCAUCUUACAAUGAAUUGCUUUAAUUAUUAAAUGAAAACAUCCCUAAGCAAAUUGUUUAGAAUAAGAAACCCAUCUUUUCAUAUGUAGAACCAAAAUUGGGAAUCAAGGAACAAUUUAGCUUAUAAGCCAAAAUAACAUUCGAAAAUAAUUGUAAAUAGGAUUUGCAUUAAAAUCAAUAAAGUCCAUAGCAAAUAGACACUUAGACAGAUUUUGACACUGUUGGUUAGGGUUAAACCAAUCAAUAGAUGGAAAUUGAAGGCAAAACGAAAGAUUAAUGAAAUUUAAUGCAUAUCUAUUUAAAUAAAAAUUUGUAU